UUCACACAAAAGAAAAAGAAAUCUUUGAGUUUUCCAUUUCCAAGUCUCCAAAGUCUCCAAGUCUCUCUCUCUAUAGAUUGCGAGAGACUUCACAAAUAACUUGUCCCUAACAAACAAUCAAACCCUUCAAAUCAAGCAUGCAAAAUUAACCAACACACCACAAUUUCUCAGCUUUUUUUAUUAUUUUUUCCAGUCCCCUUCUCAAACAACUAAAAAUUAAAAAGCAGCAUCGACGAUAAUUUCCACUAGAGUUUCUUUUUUCCUUUUUUUUUUCUUAUUUAAUUUUAGCAGAAGCUGGGAAUAAAGGUGCAAUUUUUACACUCAUCGAAUCACAGAAGUAGUAUCGCCAUCCCAAUUUAGAACUCGUAAAACCGAGUUUCGGAUUCGUCUCUGGGUGCUCCCAAAAAUAUGAAGAAGCUUCGGAGAUCAACGCUGGCGCUGUUUUUAGGGUUUCUGUUGCUGUCGGUGGCGCCGUCGUCAAUGGGGAGAUUCGUGGUGGAGAAGAAUAGCUUGACGGUGACUUCGCCGGAGAAAAUCAGUUGCUUUUUUGCUUUGAAGGUCUGGAAUGCCCAGAAGGCUGGAGCUUCUGCUGUUCUUGUUGCGGAUGAUAUUGAUGAAAACUUGAUAACUAUGGACACACCUGAGGAGGAUGGAUCAUCUGCAAAAUACAUAGAGAACAUAACAAUACCAUCAGCUCUCAUUGAAAAAAGUUUUGGUAUAAAAUUAAAGGAUGCCAUAAGUGGUGGUGAUAUGGUCAAUGUAAAUCUUGAUUGGAGAGAGGCUGUUCCCCACCCAGAUGACCGCGUGGAGUAUGAGUUGUGGACCAACAGCAAUGAUGAAUGCGGAGUUAAAUGUGAUAUGUUGAUGGAAUUUGUGAAGGAUUUUAAGGGUGCUGCACAGAUACUUGAAAAAGGUGGUUAUACUCAGUUUACACCCCAUUAUAUAACUUGGUACUGUCCUCAGGCGUUCACAUUAAGCAAACAGUGCAAGUCUCAGUGCAUCAAUCACGGAAGAUAUUGUGCUCCAGAUCCUGAGCAGGACUUCAGCACUGGUUAUGACGGGAAAGAUGUGGUUAUUGAAAACUUAAGGCAGCUUUGCGUUUUUAAGGUGGCAAAUGAAACUAAAAAGCCUUGGGUGUGGUGGGACUAUGUCACUGAUUUUCAAAUUAGAUGUCCGAUGAAGGAGAAAAAAUACAAUAAGGAGUGUGCUGAUGCUGUCAUUAAGUCACUUGGUCUUGAUCUCAAAAAGAUUGAGAAGUGCAUGGGAGAUCCUGAUGCUGAUUCUGACAAUCCUGUUUUGAAGGAAGAGCAAGAUGCACAGGUUGGAAAGGGUUCCAGAGGUGAUGUCACCAUAUUGCCGACUCUUGUUGUCAAUAAUCGACAGUAUCGAGGAAAACUGGAAAAAGGGGCUGUCAUGAAAGCUAUAUGCUCUGGGUUUGAAGAAACUACUGAACCAGGCGUCUGUUUGAGCAGUGAUGUGGAGACAAAUGAGUGUUUGGAUAACAACGGUGGUUGUUGGCGGGAUAAAGCAGCUAACAUCACUGCAUGCAAGGAUACAUUCCGCGGCCGAGUAUGCGAAUGCCCCCUUGUGGAUGGCGUGCAGUUCAAAGGAGAUGGUUAUACAACCUGUGAAGCCAGUGGACCUGGGCGGUGCAAGAUAAAUAAUGGGGGUUGUUGGCAUGAUGCCCGUAAUGGACACGCGUUUUCUGCUUGUUUGGAUGAUGGACAUGUUAAAUGCCAGUGUCCUGCAGGGUUUAAGGGUGAUGGUGUCAAAAACUGUGAUGACAUAGAUGAAUGCGGAGAUAAGAAAGCUUGUCAGUGCCCUGAAUGUACCUGCAAGAAUACCUGGGGCAGCUAUGACUGCAGUUGCAGUGGAGACCUUCUGUAUAUCAGGGACCAUGAUGCCUGCAUAAGUAAAACUGCGAGUCAGGGAGGGAAGUCUGUUUGGGCUGCAUUUUGGGUCAUUUUACUUGGCUUGCUUCUAACUGCUGCUGGCGCAUACCUAGUGUACAAAUAUAGAAUAAGGUCAUACAUGGAUUCUGAAAUCAGAGCCAUCAUGGCACAGUACAUGCCCCUGGACAGCCAAGGGGAAGUAGUAAACCAUGUCAACGAUGAAAGAGCAUGAAAUGAAAAGAAAACACAGAACUUAUGAGCCUCCCUAGUCUCUUGGGACAUGAUGAUGAUGCAUGAAAGCUUGGUUGAGGUGUUGAUGAUUCGGCGCAUUGAAUUUAAUAAUAGAAUGUAUCAUAUUUGACACAAUAAAAACACCUUGGGAAUUACAUAGUUGUCCUGCGUUUUUUUUAUUUGGGAUGCACCAAGUUGUGUACUUUAAAAGGAUGAUUUUAGUAGCAAUUUAGUAGGGUGGACUUAAGUUAUCUCACUAGAUUUUAGGACUUGUUUAUGCGACUUUUGUUCCACACUUUGUUAUUGUAUCUUAUCGCGCUUUUACUACGAAAUCUACGUACAUUGCCAACAA